AUGUCCAUGCAAUCCGGACGCAAUGGCCCCCGGUCCAAGAGCGGCUGUAGUACAUGCCGCCGCCGGAAGGUCAAAUGCGGCGAAGAAAAACCAGUCUGCAGACGCUGCUCCGCGUUGCGCCUCAACUGUGAAUGGGGUGUUCCCGUCAAAAGAGGGCGCAGUACUCAAAUUCGCAAUCUAGAGCCCGCUCCAAUCGCUUCCGAGUAUCCGAUCUGCCCACUGCCAAAAGUCGAGGACCUCGUCGAUUUUCAGCCAGAUGUCUUUCUUCCAAGCCUGUCGCCAAUUUCAUGGGCGGGGGAUGUCAUGCCGUUGGAUUCGGCACAUAUACCAACCUUCUACCCUCCAGCGCCCAUUCCCUCUCUAUACCCGUCGUUAAACAUGGACAGCCUCGCUUGCGCCAACUCAAUGACGCUCAAUUCCCUUGAUCGCCAAUACUUUCAGUACUUCCCUUCUUCAUCUCUUGUUCAUUACUAUAUGAAGGGCUGGAAAUGGAGUAGCUUUUGUCACCUUUACGAAGGCCCCGCCGCGUCCAAUAAGGUAAUCAUGCGAAUGAUAUUAGCCAUCGCAGCCUGCGACAUGCACCGCAAUGGACUGGUAACGCGCUCCCCGGGACGACCAACAGCAGACGAUCAUGGUCGAUACCACUACGGCUUGGCGGUUAAGGAAUUCAGGCAACUACUAGAGACUCCGCGCCAAGUGUCACUAGAUGAGGUAGAGACAGUCUUCGCGACAGUGUUUUUGAUGAUCGCCUGGGAAUGGCAAUUUGGACACUCAGUGCGUCAUCUUCAACUUCAUCUUCAGGGAGUGCGAUCACUUUUGGAAACACAUCCCCGACUUUUUCGAAUCAAGGAUAUGAACGAAAUGUUCUUGGCUCCAGAAAUACAAACUCCGUCCAACGAGAAUUCCACCGUGGCCAGAGUCUCAUUCAUACCUGAACAAUUCUUACUAUGGAUUCUAUAUAUCGAUGCCAGCUGCCGACCUACGGGGCUCACAGAGUCACUCAACGACUGGGUCGUACAAUCGGGAAACCCUGCAUUACACCCGGACCAUCUUUAUCGCUGUGCUCGCCUUUGGGGCCGCUGCUUCUGGGGGGAGCAGUACCCCGACGAAGAGGUUUUGGAUGACAUCGAGAACUACCGCGCCUUAGAACUGUUACAUGCUGGGUUCUGCUUGCGUCACAAAACUUGGAAAGUCCUUGUGGAAUCAGCGGCUGGUACCGCUGCGCCCAAGGAGUCCCUUUUGCGGGAGAUUAUGGCCAUUCGGGAGAAAUUUUCCGAUCUCUUUAUUACGGCGAGAUUCGCGGGAAGUGUCUCUGCUAGACGCACGUUAAAUACGAUCUACAUGGGCGUUUGCACAUUCUAUGCGCAAGUUCUACUUUAUCGCCGACUUCUCUGCGUCAACGCCCCUCCCGCCGCUCUUGACAAACAAGCCACUGCGGCAAUCAUUGACAUAUCACAAAAGCAAUUCAUAUCCGACCCAAAGCUUCUCAGGAGGUUACAUUGGCCCUUGCUCAUGGCGGUCAUUGAAACCGGAGAUAUCACGCAUCAAGCAUGGCUCCGACAAAGACUGUGGGAGCUUCGUGAUUUCCACUCCGAGUUUGUCUGGGCGCAUGAUCUCGCUGAAGAGAUCCUGGCUCAGCAAGACGUGAGCCAGGGUCGAUAUGUGAAUCUGGCGGAUUUACUCCUUCAGCGUAUCAAUGCCUUCUGA